AUGGCCGCAGCCGCUGCCGUCUGGUUCUCCGCCAUAGCCGCCGUCCUUCUGGCGGCCAGCACCAUCGCCGUGGUGGUGGUGGCGAAGAUGACGGGGAAGAGAAACGGCGGUGCGGCUGCAGCGGCGGCGGCGGCGGCGGAGGCGGAGCUGCCACUCCCGCCGGUGGUGAGCGGCGUUUCCCUGAUAAUUCCGGUGAUCACCAGGGGCCCCAUGGCUGUGGCCGACGAGCUGUACGUGAAGCUGGGGAGCGUCUUCACGGUGAGCUUCCUCGGGGUGGUGAAGGCGACCUUCCUCGUCGGGCCGGAGGUGCAGGGCGGCUUCUACUCGCGGCCGGAGUCGGAGGUCCACCAGGGCGGCACGUACAGGAUGACGGUGCCCAUGUUUGGGAGAGGGGUCAUGUACGACGUCGACGUGGCCACGAGGUCGGAGCAGAUCGCCGUCUGCUUCGAGGCGCUUAGGCCGACCAAGCUCAGGAGCAGCACGGUGACCAUGGUUCGUGAAACCGAGGAAUAUUUCGCGAAAUGGGGAGAGCAAGGCACGGUGGAUCUGAAACGCGAGCUCGACCUCCUCAUCCUGACGAUCGCGAGCCGCGUCCUCCUCGGCAAGGAGGUUAGGGAGACCAUGUUCGCCGACGUCGUGGCAUCCUUCCACGAGCUCAUGGACAACAGCAUGCACCUCAUCAGCCUCUGCUUCCCCAACCUCCCGAUCCCGCGGCACCGCCGGCGCGACACGGCGUCCGCUAGGCUCAAGGAGCUCUUCUCCCGUGCCAUCCAGCUUCGCCGCGGCUCCGGCCGCGCCGAGGACGACGUGCUCCAGCGGUUCUUGGAGUCCAGGUACAGGGACGGCCGCGCCAUGUCCGACAACGAGAUCACCGGCAUGCUCAUCGCCCUGGUCGUCGCCGGCCAGCACAUGAGCUCCAGCGCGAGCACCUGGACCGGGGCGUUCCUCCUCCGCGACCCCAAGCACCUGGCCGCCGCCGUCGACGAGCAGCGGCGGCUCAUCGGUGACGACCGCGUCGACUACGACGCGCUGACGACGGGGAUGAGCACGCUCCACCGCUGCAUCAAGGAGGCGCUCCGGAUGCACCCGCCGGCGCCGGCGCUCGUCCGCACCGUGCGCAGGGGCUUCGCCGUGUGGACCAGGGAAGGGAAGGAGUACAGGAUGCCGGCAGGGCACAGCGUCGUGUCGUAUGCCGCGUUCAACCACCGCCUCGGCUACGUGUACCGCGACCCCGACGAGUACGACCCGGAGCGGUUCGGCCCGGAGAGGAAGGAGGACAGGGUCGCCGGCAAGUUCUCCUUCACGGCGUUCGGGGGCGGGAGGCACGCGUGCCUCGGCGAGCACUACGCGUUCCUGAAGAUGAAGGUAAUAUGGAGCUAUUUGCUGAGGAAUUUUGAGCUUGAGCUGGUCUCGCCUUUCCCCGAGGUUGAACUCAACAACAUAAUGCUAGGGCCGCGAGGGGAAGUGAUGGUUAGAUACAAGAGACGGAAGCUGACAAGCACCUAGUGCAUUAAGUCGUAAUUACAGUCAAAAUUAUUUGAGAGCAGACGUACUCUUUACUACUACCUCCGUCUCAAAUAAGUGCAGCCAUGGUAUUCGUAU